CUUCUUGGCCAAUGGCAUUUCAGAACAUUGGCCAACAGUGGUGUCUGGCAAAGGAAGGGAGAGGCCCUCAUGUCACCAGCAGCCCUUGCACAAGGCCGCCCAAGGAGCGCCUAAAAGGGCCGGCAAGUGGCCGUGGGCCAGAGAAGGGACAUGGCAGGGGCCUGGAGGGCACUCGUGCUGGUGGCGGGCUUGGCGGCGAUGGCCUGUGAGGCCCAACACCGGCGGCUCCCCCCGGAGAGGAUUGCCACUCAGGCCUUGCAUUUCUUCAACGCCGGGAGGCAAGGCCAGCCCCUGUUUGGCCUGUUGGAAGUCCUCCCAACAGUCAGAUCGAACUCCACCUUAAGGACGCUGGUCAGGUUCAGGAUCAAGGAGACGGUGUGCCUCUCAGGGCGGCGGCAGCAGCCAGAGCCCCAGCAGUGCGCCUUCAGGGACGGCGGGGAGGAGCGGAACUGCACGAGCACC